AUGCUUCAAGCCUCUCCAAUGUGUGACUUUUCAUGCUACGACGGGGUAAGCCCUGAGUGGCUUGCCCUUGAAGCAUCCUUACCACCGCCACCAGUACCGGAAAUGCCGAUCCCGGAGAUGAAAAGAAUAGCGAACCAAGAACGAGAAGCUAUCGCCAGAAAGUCGAUGAUAAAACUUGCGCCUCAACUGCGGAUACAGAACCACGACAUUCCCUCUCGUGAUGGGGGUAUGAUACCGGCACGGAGUUAUCGGCCAGUCAAUACGCCGGAACAAGCCCUGCUCCCAUUGUAUAUACACUUCCAGGGCGGUGGUUUUAUGUUCGGCUCGCUGGAUGCUGAGGAUGCAAUAUGUGCACGUAUAGCCGUUCGAUCGAAUGUGGCGGUUCUGAAUAUUGAUUACAGACAUACGCCGGAAUUCGCGUAUCCGACGCAAUGGAACGACGCUGAAGAUGCUUUCGAAUGGGCUCACGAUAACAUGGAUACGAUGUACUGGGACUCGGAAAGAGUCAUUAUUGGCGGAAUAUCAGCUGGCGCUUGGAUCGCUGCGUCUUUCACUUUACAGAAACACUUGAAUCGUGAAACAGAGAAAAGACCUCCGAUCGCAGGCCAAGUCCUCAUGAUACCGUGCCUCGUGCACGUUGAUUGCUAUGAGCCCCAGCUGAGAAAGAUGAAGAGCGAGUCUAUCUCAUCUUACAAAACAAAUGUUACGGCGCCGAUGCUUACCGUUGAGGAACUUCGCUGGUUCACUAGUUUGCUGAAGAUCGAGAACCCGGACGUCAAUGAUUUAAAGAUCAAUCCUGGAAAUGCAUCGCCGGAACAAGUUAAAGGGAUGCCACCUACAGUACUUGGUGUAGUAGGUCUCGAUCCUCUCCGAGACGAAGCACUCCUUUAUGGGAAGAUGUUGGUAGAAGCCGGGUGA